AGCGCGAUCAUCGGUUGCUGCGUCGCAUGAUUUAAAUUGACAGUAUGACAACAAAACUUAAUCGUGAUCCUCUUAGCGGCUAUCUUUAAUCGUACCGAAGCCAUUUUAUUGUGAUAGUGAUAAUCUGAAAGCAUUGUGCAUAGUAAAACAAUUUACAAUGAACGUGUUGGCGUUACUAUUUAUCGUGGCGCAACAAACUAUAAUUUCUGGACGAUUGACAGUGUUGAAAGGAAAAGAAACAAUUGCGAGGUAUACACAUAGCAGUAGAAAACUCUUAUGCGUAGCGGAGGAUGAUGGUGCAGGUUUAAUAUGGAAUAGUAAUUUAAACUGGGUGUACCCUUCGUAUGAGUUGUCCGACAGAGGCGGAAACACUGACUUUCAGUAUCUGAAUGCGUAUAAAAAAGAGGAAAUAGAUUGCGAUUUAAACGCGCACGAUAAUUGUAUGGAAACCUGGAACGCCACAGGCUGGAAUCUAACAAAUUCUCGUGAAACGCCUAUGGGUCCAGUGCUUGAUCGGCGGUGGGAAGGCUUCAGGGAGUAUAAUAAUUUUGGCAGUCUGAACGAAUAUCGUCUAUUAUACAAGUUACGAAAGUCUGGUACAUUUGUGGUUUCAAUUCGUGGAUCAACGGACGCUCAUAUUUUGUUGUGUGACACCGAACAGUAUAAUUUAGAUUUCUGUUAUUGGAUAAUUAUCGGUGGAUGGUCCAACAAGGAAUCCGUAAUCCGAAAAUGUGCGAUGGGCGUACCACAGCCUAUGACUUUUCCUAUCGAGCCCACGUGUGCUCAAAUUAGAGCUUCCUAUUUCUACGAGACUCUUUCUGCUACUGAAUGGAAGACGUUUAUCAUCACGUGGGACGAAAAUUCGAAAACUAUUUCAGUUUACGAUACCGAAAAACUGUUGAUGUCGUAUAUAGACAACGAUGGACGGUCGCGAGAGAGAACUUCUUUUUAUAAUUUAUUCGUAAGAAGUCCCAAGUAUAUGCUUUUCCGAUUUCAUACAUAUAGUUUUUUUUACACGACCGAUUUAAAAUCGGAACUGACAAGUCCUGUUUUAAACAUAAAGUCUAGGAACCUUUGCAUAGAAUUAAUAAUUGGUCUGUGUGCGGAAUGUAAGAUGGAAAUAAUGUUGGUUGACUCUAUUCGUGAAAAUAACCAAGAGAGCUUAGAAAUAGUAGAAGGAUCGAGGGUAAAUGGUGUCCACAAACUGGCGACGUGGCAAUACGUUCGAAUCAAUAAAACAAUUUCAGCUGACUUGGGAAAAUCUGUCAAAAUUAAACUAAUACCGGGCGUUGAAGAUAUGGCCCUCAGCGAAUUACUGUUUGCCGUGGCAAAUGUUCGCAAGUGUCCACCAGUAGAUACUUUAAGAUACAGUACCAUGGAAGCUACGCAAGAUUACCAUGAUUAUAAAUAUUUCUGGCCAAACGUAACGUGUCAAAAAUUGUCCUAUAAUGAGAGCAUCCUCGUUAAUGUCGUGUCUGAUGUUAAAAUUGAUCAAGUAUUCGAUGAUACGGCUUGUCCUAAGGGUAAGGUGGGACCUUAUUGUUCUAUAAAUUGCUACGAACACUUGGAGAACAAUGCUGACUGCAGAGGAACAGUAAUUUGCGAUACAAAGGGUUGCACGUGUCCAGCAGGAUUUCUGGGAACCGACUGCCACUCUUACUGUGACGUCGGUCAGUACGGGUACGGUUGCAACGAAACCUGCGGCUUGUGUCUUCAAGACAAUUGUGAUUUCCUAACAGGCUACUGUACAACUGGCUGCGACAAUUCUAAACGAUUCUACGUACCACCCUUUUGUAAAAGAGGGAUCGACGCCCCAUCGGCGCCGAAGAUUGAUUUUAUUAAUGAAACGGUCGUUCGCGUGAUUCUUCCGAUGAAAGAAGAAUACAAAUUAUUACCCUCCGGGUAUCAAUAUGUUCUACAGAGAGCAGGAAUGCUUCAAAUUGGAGAUUAUAAUGAAAUCUCGAAUAAUAGUUCGAUAAUAAUGGGCUACUUUGAUCGUUUGGAACCCGGUAUAUCUUACAGAAUUUCUUGCACAUUAACGGUUAACAAUCACAGUAUACACGGAGAAUGGGCCAAUUUCGCAACUCGUUGCGCUUCAACCACCAACUUCGUUAUACAAGUAGGAAACACUAGUCUGACACUAACAAAGAAUAAACAAGUGGAUCCCUUAUAUUCUUGUCCAAGUAAAUGGUACGACUUCCUAUUUGAGAAUAUUGAAACAAGUACUGAAAUAAGCAGAGGAAGCCUGACUAAAUUACCGUACGAGUUUACACAUUUGAUACCCUACACCUUAUAUAAAAUCACGGUUAGCAAAGGAAUAGCGGUUCUCUUUUCACAGCAAGUUCGCACUCUUGACGGAGCGCCGUCAGAAGUAAGGAAUGUUAGUAAGAUAUUUACAUCAAAUGAGGAAAUCAUAUUAAAAUGGUAUCCCCCGCUGUAUCCGAAUGGAAACAUACGAGAAUACAGAGUUGCGCUGCAGAUCAAAACGUAUUUUGGCUGUGAUGAUCUAAAGAUUCAGUCGCCUAAAAACGACAGUGUCAUUAUCUCUACCACGACUCAUAGUGUUACAUUCUCAGAUCUGCGUCCCUAUACGUCUUACGUCGCAGAAAUCGUAGCCUAUACUUCCCACCGCGGAUUAAAACUACAAGUAGAAUUCUCUACUAAUCAGACAGAAAUGCCAACGACCGUUUAUACAAAUUUAAGAUUUCACGACUACGUGCUCAUGUGGGAUGCACCACAGGAUUGCACUACAAUUUCCGGUCCUAUUAUCGCAAGAAUUAAUAUUACUGGUGUUGGCAAAGCGGUGGCGAAUCACGUUAUUAUAAAACAAACUGUAAAAUAUUCUCUCAACUUAGACAGUGACCUCCUUGGCUCCGAAAUGUACGAAGCACGGAUUUACGCAAUUAGGGAUUAUAAUAAACAAUAUAAUCCACUUCGAUACAAUAGCCUGACAUUUACUACUCCCCCUAAAGCUCCGCCACCAGUAAGAUCCCUCGAAAUUUAUGAAACCGAUUUCAUAACUAAACAUGUGCAUUUAAGAUGGCUAGAACCAAAACCACCUAUGAAUGGAGAGCUAGCAAGUUAUAUCGUCAGCCAAUGCCAGUUGACUUGCAAAACUAUAUUGGAGAUACGAGCAGCAGAUCGUUGUGAUCUGUGGAGUACACACAUCUGUGCGACUGUUAAACAGCUUGAUCCAGAAAGAAAAUACAUUAGUGUCUCAGCAAUGAACGUAAAUGUGUCAAUGCCAGGUGACGCGAUUUUCGUGCAAAUUACUUGGACUGAUAUUACCCCCGAAGCACCAGAGACUUUCCUCGUCGAGAAUCUCGAGGACGGUGUAGUGAACCUGACCUGGACCCAUCCUUGGAGAACAGGGGAGCACCUUCAGAAAUUCAUAAUCAGCGUUCAAAUGAUAUCGUCGAAUCUUAGAAUGGAAAUUAAUCAAUCCCAAAGAGGCGUCAUUCAUGAAUACAAAAUCGAAAAAUAUCAAUUAACGUACAACGAAAAAUUGUAUCUAUUACCCUCGUCUGCUUAUAAAAUUUCCAUUCAAGCUGUUACGAUUGCGGAAGUGUACGGCGAAACAAAAGUUACAAAAGUAGAAACGUCUUUAGCUAUAAAAUUCGAAAAUGAGUUGAGAGCAGACGUACGCGAUUCAGAUUCGAUGAUCUUGUUACACAUUCCUAAAGUUUUAAAUGACACGAAACAAAGUACAAUGCACGUGAUCGUAAAAGGUUCACAAGCAUGCACCGAUGAGAAACUCCCUGCCUACCUAAGCGAAAAAACAGGCAUCGAACAUCACGACGAAGCGUGGUACGCCGCCUCGUUCCCCAACGAUGAGCUUGCUGGUAAGACGUUUGUAAUAGGUGACAACAAGAUUUACGGCAGUGGAAGGAAUUGCCCGUUGAAGCCCACCGAAUCCUACGUAAUAGCGAUCGUUGUGUUAACUGAUGAAAAAUCGAUGAACGGUAUAGUUGCGAAAACAGCAUCGAUUCGUAUCGGCGAGGUGCCGAGGCAAAAACACGGAGCUUGGCUUAUUCCGAUCACGAUAAUUCUUAUCAUCGGAGCCACGAUUUUUUAUUUUUAUCAAAGGAGAAAAAGAUCCUCGAAAAAAGUAGACCUACAAAGGGAAGCGGGUUUUGUAUACAAUAGUAAAAGUUCCGAAGUGAAAUUGAAUCCGUCUUGUUCGAGUCGAUCUUUAACUAGCGCUUCUACUUUGUCGGAUAAAGAACUUCUUUCGCGCGUAAGCACGCCUCACGACGGCAACGCGAUGAAUGUGAACGAUAUUAAUAAUCAUCAGAGAGAAGAACGAAUGUCACUGGUAAAGGUGAAGGAUUUCGAAGACUAUGUGAGACAAGUUAUUGAUUCUGGAUUGUUGGAUAAGCAAUACAGCACACUUCCAAGAGGACAAACAAAACCAUGGGAGUACGGAAAGCUGGCAGAGAACAAACCAAAGAAUCGAUAUGCAAAUCUCAUAGCGUACGAUGAGAAUCGUGUAGUAUUGGAAAAACUUCCAGACGAUCCGUACUCGGAUUACAUUAACGCUAAUUACAUCAAGGGUUACAAAAAAGACAAAUUCUAUAUUGCUACGCAAGGACCAAAAGCUAAUACAGUCAUCGAUUUUUGGAGAAUGGUCUGGCAGGAAGAGGCUUACGUGAUUUGUAUGAUUGCGAAUUUAGUCGAAGGGGGAAAGACAAAAUGUGAACAAUAUUGGCCUGAUACCGGGAAAAAGAAAAAGUACGGCGAUAUAAUUGUUUUCAAUGCAAACAACACUGUGUUUGCACAUUAUACGAUCCGUACGUUGCACGUAUCGUAUGGAGAUGAGGCUCGUAAGAUCGAGCACUUGCAUUAUACAGCGUGGCCAGAUCAUGGCAUACCCUUAUUUACGCAUUCGGUGGUAACAUAUUUAAAGAAGCUUUUGGCAACACCACUUCGAAAUGGACCAGUUGUGGUCCACUGCAGCGCAGGUGUCGGUAGAACUGGAACUAUUAUUUUAUGCGACAUUUGCCUCCGACGGGCUGCCGCAGAAGGGGUAAUAGACGUAUUUUCGGAAGCAAAGGUGAUUAGAAGUCAAAGGCCUAACAUGGUGGACAACAAACAACAAUACUUGUUAGCGCAUUUAAUACUCGUGGAGAGUCUACUAUCUUUACCCACCUCUUUGCCAUGUAACGAAUCUCUACCAGCAAAAAUUAAAAGCCUCAAAGAACAUUUGGAAAUUCAACGAGAUAGUUUAGAAAAAGUAACUUGGCAAGAUAAAGCUCUUCGACCACCGACUAAUCAGCAAACUCUAUCAGAACGGAACCUUGCCAAAAACAGAUUUCCAGAAUUGGUUUCAGCGAAUGUCAACAGACUAUAUUUAAAGAGAUAUCCGCCGACAGACGAAGACAGCGAUUACAUAGCCGCUGUUUACGUAGACGGUGUAAGAUUGCAGAAUCAGUACCUAGCCACGCAGUUACCGAUGCCCACGACAUUUAGCGACUUUUGGAGAAUGAUCGCUGAGUAUAAAGUGGAACUGAUCAUCGUACUACAACCACCAGAUUUGACAGAUACAACAUGCUGUCCCAUUGUUCCAUGUGGAGAAUUCAAACCGGUGCCGUACAUAAACAUUCGUGCAAAAGAAUUUACUGAAUCUGAACAUUAUACGACACAAGGAUUGAUACUGAUCGAUAAUUCGGAAAAGCCUGUUACGGAACAAGAGGUAACAAUUUUGUGCUCUACCAAAUGGAAAGCUGGCAGAAACCAAGAUCCUCCCGAGACCAUGUCGCUGGUAACGCUGUGGAAAACAGCGAUGAGAAUAUCGAGAGAGGAGGGACCUAUCGUUGUUCUCUGCCACGACGGCGUAACCGGCUGCGGACUUUAUUUAGCUCUAAGUUUCCUGCUAAAAAGAAUGACUAUAGAAAGUGAAUGCGACGUUUGUUUGGCAAUUCGCACAAUCAGAAAAUCGCGGCCCGAUUUCGUCAAUUCUUUGGAACAGAUGGAAUACCUGUACGAUGCAGCAAUUACGUAUUUAAUGUACUUUGAGAACUCGGAGACGUAUGCGAACUUUCCAUGAAUAAUCGCAUCAUUAAUCGGACAUCGACGGCUAGAUGUGUUGCAUAAACCGACGCGAUUAAUUUGAACAAGACUGCACUCGUGACUUUCCUAAACUUGCGUAUCGUUCAAACUAUGUAUAAAUUACAUCGUUACGUAAAUGCUUGAUAUUGAAUUAGUGUAUCUCCGAUUUUCCAAUUUUCUGUCGCUUUCCUACGGUCAAGGCAAACGACAUUCGUUCUCACGAACGUCUUCACAUGAUAUAUCAGAAGAUAUGUAUAAAAUAAUCAUUCCGCACCGUAAACUACUAUCUACCGUUCGUACAAAGAAGUAUCUUCCACAAGUUAAAUAAUCGUAAUAAUAAUUGAUGGGAAUAUAAAAGUUUCGCAGCGAUGUUAAAGCAUCGAUCAAAGAGGGUACACAACUUAUGAACGAGAUGAUUGGAAAUUAUGAAUAAAAUAAGUACUCACAAGGUCUGAAGACAAGCUCAUCUGCUACGGCUCGCGAGGUGAUGACGCCAUAAUCCACUUUCGCGCCAAACAUCACUAAGUUGGAUGAUUCUCUUCACAUCGUUGUUUAAACGUCUCCGAGUAUUCGUACUGAACAAUAAAAUAAGAAUUGAUCACUUUUCUA